AUGGGCAACGGCCCCGCGAAGCUAUGCCUCUUUCCCAUCAUGCUCAUCGCCAUCAUCGUCUUCAGCGUCGCGUUUCGGGAGCUUGCACUAAAACAGCGGCGCCCUGACCUGCCUGCCCCGACGAAGUCCAGCCAGCAAGCGCCGAACACGACGAGGACGGCGUCGACCGGUGCGCCCGUGACGACACCAUCUACAAACACAACUCGUGCGACUACAUCUACGGGCACUACUUCUACAAGCACUACACAUCCACCGGUCGAUGCUGACGGUUACUGUAGGACCGAUGGGUGCAAGACAGCCGAGACUUUUCUGUCGAUGAUCCUCCCGACCGCCGACCCGUGCCAGGAUUUCUACAAAUUUGCCUGUGGCAAGUUCCUU